AUGUAUUGUAUCUUUACUUCUUCUUGGCUCAAACAUGGUGAUAGAAAUACAAGGUUCUUCCAUCAGAAAGCAAACCAGAGGCGGAAGCGGAAUUUAAUAGAGUUUUUGAAAGAUGAUCAAGGCAGAGAAGUGGUGGAGGAUCCUGAUAUUGCUCGAGUGCUUGGUGAUUACUUCACUGGUAGACUAAUUACUAAUAAUGCGUUGGUCGCUUAUGAGUGUUUUCACUUUAUGAAGAAGAGAAUUUCUGGCCGUAAUGGCAUGAUGGCUCUGAAACUUGAUAUGUCCAAAGCAUAUGACAGAGUCGAGUGGCCUUUUUUGCAGGGUGUUCUUCAGAAGAUGAGGUUCCCUCCAUCAUGGGUAUCUUUGAUUAUGAGCUGUGUUACUACUGUGAGGUUCUCUAUUAUGCUAAAUGGAAACCCCCAGCCGAAUGAUAGCAUUAUCUUUGCUAUAGCAAAUUCUCAGGAAGCGGAGUGUGUCCUGGACGUCCUGUCCAUAUAUGAGAAGGCUUCCGGUCAGGUUAUUAAACUUGAUAAGUCCAUGCUCUCAGUUAGCCGCAAUGUGCCUCAUAAUGGUUUGGAUGAGCUUAAACAGCUUUUGAAUGUUAAGGCAGUGGAGAGUUUUGAUAAAUAUAUUGGAUUACCAAUUAUGAUAGAAUGCAGCCAGACAAUCAAGAUGGCAGUAAAAAGGAAAACGAAAGCAGCUAGUGGGCAGGCACCUGAAAUUAUGGAUGAAAGUGGCUCAUUUUGA